AUGUCGUUUGCCUUCCCGAAAACCCAAAUCUUUGGUGAUGGAACGAGGUUCCAUCUAGCUGAUCAUCUCAUCCCCGUGCCUGAGGUCGUUUUCCCGGCCGACUGGAACUCUCCCUCGGCGGUUGACAAGUCAACUGCCCUUGAGAAGCAGCAGCUCGCUGCUACUCAAGCCAAUGCCGCCGAGGGAGAGGCGGAGGCCGUUGAGAUGAUGGCCGUAGAUGAGAAGGAGAACGUGGUGCCGGUUGUGCCCGCGAAGAGAUCGCUCGAAGAUGACGAUGACGAGGAGGAAGAGAAGAAGGAGAAGCCGAAGAAGAAGGCAAAGACGGCCAAAGCGGCCAAGACAGAGAAGAAGCAGACCGUCACCAAGGCGGCUGCAAUGCCGCAGGCGCGGCCAAAGAAAACGGGUUCGGCCCUCGCGGCACUUCGCGCCAGACAGGCGCAGAAGUAG